UUCUACAGCCCUCUUUUUUCUUGGUUUGAUAAAGUAUUAAUCUGUUCACAUGGUGAGUUUUCACAAUCAAUCAAUUGAAUUUAGUGGAACCUUCUUCCAUAGAUGAAUCAUUCACACUAAAGUUACAAGCAAUUAAUUCUUCUUCACUGUAAUCUCUCUUCAUCAUUUUCAUUUUUCUUCUCUCAAUCAUUCACAAAUAUUUUCACUCACAAACCUCUCUGAAACUAGUUCCCCUGAUUUCUUCAGUUUGCACCUUAGUUGCCCUGUUAUUUUCUCUGUUUUAGUUUCUUUAUUUCAGAAUCAUUUUGCUCUAUUUCUGGUUCUUUAUUUUUUUCUAUUUCAAUAUUUCUGAUUUCUUCAACCAAAAAAUUAAAAAAAAACACUUUUUGCUUUCAGUUAUUUCUCGAUUACUAGAAAGAAUUAUCAUUUCUCGUAUUUAUUGUUAAUUAUUUUCAUUUGCUUUACUUCUCUUCUGUUUUUCAAACUUUCAAAAAAAAAAAAGUUCUAAAAAAAUGGUUGAUGUUGCCGGGAAUGUUGGGGGUGCGGUGAGUCCUGUCCUUCAACUUGCCGAGUGGUUGGCUGCUCCGAUUUGUCGUCAAUUUAAGUACUUGUACAACUACACUACCAAUUUCAAAAAUCUGGAAAUGGAAGUUGGUAAGUUGAAGAAUUCAAGAGAUGAAGUUAAGCGUAAGAUUAUUGCUGCCGAAAGAAAUGUGCAAGAGAUCAAACAGAAUGUCAAAAACUGGCAGAAGGAUGUGGAGAAGACCAUUAUUGAAGCAGAGCAGCUGAUUCAAGAGAAAGCAAACAACCCUCGAUGUUUCAAGGGAUUGUGCCCCAACUUCAUCAUCCGCUAUAAACAAAGCAAGAAAGCAUUCAAAUUAAAGCAAGAUGAUAUUGCUCCACUCCUCCAGCAAGAAAAGGAUUUGGAUCCAGUUUCCGAUCCUACUAAUCCACCAGAGAUCUGGCUUAGAUCGAGUGAAAAUUAUUUGGCUUUUGAAUCAAGAAACUCCACGGUAAAGAAUGUAUGGGAUGCUUUAAAUGAUGAGAAUGUCUUCAUGAUUGGUGUUUAUGGGAUGGGGGGUCUUGGGAAGACCACUCUUGUGCAAGAAGUUGGUAGGAAAGCCGAGAAGGAAAAGCUCUUUGACGACAUUGUUUUUGUGGAGGUAUCAAAAUCUCCUGAUAUAAAGAAGAUUCAAACAGUAAUUGCAGACAACUUGGGUUUGAAAUUCGAAAACGAAACUGAAAGGGCAAAGAAGCUAUAUUCAAGAAUGGAGGGCAAGAAUAUUCUUUUAAUUCUAGAUAAUAUUUGGGAAUCUCUAGAAUUUGAAAACACGAUAGGAAUUCCUUGCGGAGCUGAUCGUGGGAGAAAUAAACUUUUGUUUACAACAAGAAACUUAGAUGUGUUGGAAAGGAUGGGCUCCACAAAUAAUUUCGGGAUGGGAAUUUUAAAUGAAAACGAAGCAUGGAACCUAUUCGCCAAGAUGACAGGUAAUGUUAUUCAAACACAUAGAUUGCAUUCUCUACCGAACGAUGUAUGCAAGGAAUGCAGAGGUUUACCUAUUGUCAUUUGUACAAUAGGAAAAGCAUUAAAAAACAAGAGUGAUCUAUCUGAUUGGAAGGUUGCAUUGCAGGAACUGAAAGCACCUUCGCCAACCAAUUUUAUCGGAUUGCUAGAAAAGGAGUACAUGAAGAUAGCCUUAAGUUACAAGUAUUUAAGAAAUGAUGAAUUGAAGAAAACUUUUUUAAUUGCUAGUCUAUUAGAAAAUAAUACUUCUAUAUCAAACUUGUUCAAACAUGUUGUGUGUCUAGAUAUACUUGAAGGAGCUAACUUGACAAUGGAAAACGCACGACAUAGACUAGAUACAUUGGUUCGCGAACUUAAAGAUGCUUGUUUGUUACUUGACGGGUUCGAAAGCAGACAAUUUGCUAUGCAUGAUGUUAUUCGUGUUGUUGCUUUAACAAUUGCAUAUGUGGAUCACCAUGUGUUUACAAUAAGAAAUGACAUUGAACGAGAUUGGAAGGACAGAGACAAACUCAAGAAAUGCACAAAAAUCUUCCUACCUAGUAAUAGUAAUAUUAUUAGUCAACUUUGGUCUAACUAUUUGGACUGUCCAGAUCUUGAAUAUUUCUAUAUGACCAAUAUGUGGAACUCUUCUUUCGAAAUCCCUGAGGACUUCUUUGCAGUGAUGCCAAAACUAAGAGUGUUGAAUGUGGUUGGACUACAACAAUCAUUAUUGCCAUCAUCAAUUGGUUUUCUGACAAACCUUCAAACAUUGUGUUUAGAUGAUGGCAAAAUUAAAGAUGUUGUUGUUAUUGGAAAGCUUAAGAAGCUAAAGGUCCUUAGCUUGCGAUUUGCUAAUAUUAAGGAGUUUCCUACGGAAAUGGGUCAAUUGACUGAAUUAAGACUAUUAGAUUUGAGAUGUUGCUAUCAAUUGAAAGUUAUUGCUCCAAAUGUGAUAUCAAAAUUAUCCCAAUUGGAAGAACUUUAUUUAAAGGACUGCCCUAUUCAGUGGAAGAUUGAAGUACUCAAGGAAUUGAAGCUUUUGUCUAGCAUCACUAGUUUAGAAUUGGAUGUUAAAUAUGACAAGGUUUUGCCUAAAGACUUGUUUUCCAAAGAGCUUAUAAGGUACAAAGUAUCAGAGGGAAAUUGGUGGUUCCUAAAUCCAAUAAUUGAUGAAUAUGAGUAUUUGAGGGUAUUGAAAUUGGUAUUCAACGUUUCCAACUACUUGGAAGAAUUAUGUGGAAUCAAGAAUGUUGAAAUCUUAUGCAUAGCCGAAUAUUUAGAUGAUUGUGGGCAUUCACAAUUCAGUUUGCAGUCCAAAGAAAUCACACCACUUUUUAACAAAAAGGUUAUCUUUCCUGAUUUAAUGGUCUUGGUAUUGAAGAAUAUUAUUUCUAGAAAGAUUUGGGACAAACAACUUCCAUCUACCUCCUUUCAAAAUUUGAAACAAUUGAUAUUGUGGAGAUGUGCAAAGAUAAAAUUUGUGUUUCCUUAUACCAUAACCAACAACCUCCAGCAACUCCAAUAUCUUAAUAUAGAGGAUUGUAUUGAUUUAGAGGAAAUUGUUGCCACAGAAGAAAUAACAGAAGCAGCUGCCAGUUUUGUCUUUCCUGAAGUAGCCUUUUUGAAGCUUGGAAAUCUACCGGAACUUGCAACUUUUUAUCCUGGAAUACAUACUUUGGAAUGGCCAAAGUUGAAAAGGUUGGAGAUGAAAAAUUGUGACAAAUUUGAGAUGUUCAAUUCAAAGCCAAAUUCUUUGUGCUUGGACUAUAAGGUUCACUUUCAUGAUUUAGAGGUCUUAGAAUUGAAGAAUAUUAGUUUUGAAAAGAUUUGGAAUAGCCAACUUUCAACUUCUUCUUAUCAAAAUUUGACACACUUGACCUUAUUUGAAUGUGAUAAAAUAAAAUAUGUGUUCCCUUUAUCAAUAGCCAAAAGCCUCCAACAUCUCCAAUACCUUGAGUUAACGAGAUGUAAGGUUUUAGAAGGAAUUGUUGCUCCAGAAGAAGGAACAGAAGUUGCUAUCAAUUUUUUCUUUCCACAGGUAAGCACAGUGAAGCUUCAGUAUCUACCAGAGUUUAUGGAUUUCUAUCUUGGAAUACUUACUUCAGAAUGGCUGAAAUUGAGAGAGUUGGUGGUCAAAGAUUGUGACAGAAUUAAAAUGUUGACUUUAGAGCCAAAUUUCAUAUGCUUUGACCAAAAGGUACAAGAAUCCAAUUUUAUUCCUUGUUUUUUUUUUUAAAAUAAAAAUUGUCUAUGUUAUAUUACAUAAAUUCAAAACAACUGACUCAGU